AUGCCAAUAAUAGAAACUAUUGUGAAAAAACUCGAUCGUCGUAAUUUCAACUACUUCAUAGUGUACGUGUUGUUGUAUCGAUAUGUGGUGGAGAGCGGCGCGUCCGAAAUGCCGCACGAGUGCGCCUACCGCAGCUCCGAAAGGGAGACGUCGGAAAAUGCGGUGCUCUUCUGCAAGAUUCGGACUAUAAGCGGUUUGGACGGCUUGCUACAGAACAUCAGCAAGACGUACAUGGACGACGUGAUAUCACUGCAUGUGCAGUGUAGCGAGAUACUAUUCUUCGAGAGUACGCUCGCCGCUCACGCGGACAAGUCUUCGGGGAAAAGUUCCAUCCUCGGCAAGCUGAGAAACCUCAUCGUAGACAAGUGCAAGAUACGACAGAUCCCCGCGAGGGCCUUUGAGAACUUCAAAGACCUGAAACGUCUACACGUGACGACGCACAACAGUGAAUGGUCGGCUAUGACUAUGGAGUUACACGAACAAGCGUUUAUCGGGUUAAGUGAGUUGGUCGAAUUAGAUUUAAGUGACAAUAACAUAUGGAGUACGAAAACUGAGACGUUUUGCUCGCUGUACAGCUUGAAAACGCUGAAUUUCAGCAGUAAUCAUUUGCAAAAUAUGAAAACGCUCGGCUUCUCCGACUCUUUGCAUGAACAAAAUUUAAGUGUAAAAAGUUGUAAUUUAGCGUUAGAAACACUCGAUAUGUCUUAUAAUGAUUUCAUUGUUGUGUCGGAUUAUAGCUUGUCUAAGUUACGCUCUUUAGCAAAAUUAUAUCUUCAGAAUAAUGCGAUAUCUUCGAUCGAAGAUGAAGCAUUUCAAGGCCUCGUAAGCCUGGAAGUCAUUAAUCUAUCCAACAAUUAUUUAAAUAGCGUUCCCAUAGAUAUCUUUUCAGACACAAAAUAUUUAAAAGAAAUCAAUUUGAGUAACAACACUAUCAACGUGUUACAACCGGGUUUGUUUGGGGGAAUGGAACAGCUACAAAUAUUAGACUUGUCUCGAAACGAUUUAACUAGUCAGUGGAUCAAUAAGGGUAUAUUUGUAGGCUUAUUGCGAAUGGUUAUUUUAAAUAUAUCGUACAACCGGCUCACCAAAAUAGAUCGCUACACGUUCCAAGAUUUGUACAGUUUGCAAAAAUUAAACUUGGAACACAAUGAAAUAAUAUCUGUCGAUGAACACGCUUUCGAAGAGCUGCGAAACUUACACUCACUUACUCUAUCACACAAUAAACUUUUUCACAUCCACACUCACUUGUUUACGGAUUUGCAUGUGUUACACGAAUUGUUUUUAGACAAUAACAAAAUAAGGCGGAUAGACGAAAACGCAUUUGAUAAUAUGACGACAAUCGAAGAUUUGGGUUUGAACGACAAUAUGCUAUCGUCGAUACCGGGGUCAAUUCGUAAACUUCGGUCUUUGAGGUCUUUGGAUAUUGGCAAUAACAAUAUAACACAUUUGAACCGGGAAAACUUUCACGGUCUGACGGAACUUUUCGGCUUACGUCUCGUCGAUAAUAAAGUGACGAGUCUAAAUGAAAAUACUUUUGAACAUUUGCCGCAGUUACAGGUACUUAAUUUAGCCUCUAAUAAAAUAAAGUACGUGGCUCAAGGCUGUUUUCGUAAUAACGUCAACUUAAAAUUAUUACGCAUGGAUGGCAACGACAUUUCCGAGAUAGACGGCAUUUUUAAUACGCUCAACAAUCUAGUGUGGUUGAACAUUUCAGCGAAUAAAAUAUCGUCUUUUGAUUUUUCUAGUUUCCCUAACAGUUUAGAGUGGUUAGAUCUUCACAUGAAUUCAAUCAGUGAUUUCUUCAACAACGACAUGUUUUCCAAUACGAAUAUUAAAUUAUUAGAUUUAAGCUACAAUAAUAUAAGUGAAAUAACACCCACGUCAGUACCGAAAACGAUCGAAAAACUUUAUUUGAAUGAUAAUAAUAUACAGAAUAUUCAAGUAGGAUCCUUUUCAAAGUUCCAGAAAUUGUCCACGGUGACAUUAAAUAAUAACAAACUCGUACAAUUCGACAUGAACGCUUUUAGGUUGGACCAAAUAGAUGAAGAUAGUGACUUGCCCGAGUUCUUUAUAAGCGGAAACCCAUUUGUAUGUGACUGUUCAAUGGAAUGGAUUCAGCGUAUCAAUUAUUUAAGUCACAGUCGACAAUACCCACGUGUGUUAGAUCUCGAUAAAGCCUUUUGUUCCUUAGUACAUUCGCGGGCAAAAGAAAAAAAGGUGAUUAUUGACAUGUCACCGUCGGACUUUCUCUGCCCUUAUGAAAGCCAUUGUUUUGCCCUUUGCCAUUGUUGUGACUUUGUAGCUUGCGAUUGUGAAAUGAUAUGUCCGAACAACUGUAAGUGUUAUCACGACAUCACGUGGAAUGCAAACGUAGUCGAUUGUUCUAAUGCCGGCUACACCCAAGUACCGGACAGGAUACCUAUGGAUGCCACAGAAAUAUAUCUAGACGGAAACCACAUAGAAAACUUAAGAAACCACGUCUUCAUAGGAAAAAAGAAAUUGCAAGUUCUUUAUUUAAAUAACACAGAACUAAAGGAAGUAAAUAACCAAACAUUUAAAGGAAUAGACUCUUUAAGAGUUUUGCAUUUAGAGAAUAAUAAAUUAGUGGAGCUAAAAGGGGACGAAUUCGUGCAUUUAAAUAAUUUAAAUGAGUUGUAUUUGGACCACAAUGCUAUCGAGCACGUAGCUAGUAAUACAUUUUCUUCGUUAAAGUCGCUUUCAGUACUUAAAAUAGACGACAAUAAACUCGUUAACUUUUUCCCCUGGAAACUAUUAGCUUCCUCCUCUAAAGGUAUCGCUCACGUUUCAAUUGAAGGCAAUCGAUAUUCUUGCGACUGCAAAAGUAUAGCGGAAUUAGACUCAUGGUUGCGACGAGACCCGGGAGACCCUGAAAAAAUGUUAUGCACAGACAGUGAAGGGAAACCUACGAAAAUUACGAUAGCCUCGGUUCUUAGUCACUGUAAGGAAUACAUGGGUUCUAUAAGCGAUCCCAGUAUUCUGAAAAACGAAAUCGUCUCCAAGUCUCUAUUUCUUCCUGACAGCUAUUUCGCAAUCGCUAGCGGCGUAAUAAUCAUAAUUGUCCUUAUAUCCUUAAUCGGUGCAAUCUGCUACGCGUUCAGAUAUGACGUAAGCGACUGGUUAUAUACUCAUUACGGUGUACCCCUUUUCAAAGAACAAACGUGUCCUAAUGUAGAGCACAUAUUAGAAGGGAACUCCAACCACAUGUACGAAUAUUAUGUGAUAUGUAAUACCAAAGAUACUAGUUUUGUACAUCAUAAUAUUAUGACGGAAAUAGAGAUUAGAAAGAUGUCAGCUAAAAAACUCACCCCGAACGAAUCCACUUUGAACAUUUUGACCUUAGAUAGCUUUUCUAAAUGCCCGAAGCUGUCGAAGCGACUUCUCAUCGUUUUGACGACGCACUUCAUCUGUAACGAUUUGUGCGAUAUUCAUUUUAAAAACAUGUUCUAUAGCUAUCUGAAAUCACUGAACCGAAGUGAAAUAAACAAAGUUAUUUUUAUAAAAAUAGUCGACAACAAUCAGAUUAACGACGAGCUCGGUUUUGUGUUGGAUAAAUUCAAGAAUAUAUCGUGGAGCGACCCGCGCUUCUGGGAUAAAUUCGUAGCGUUGCUAAAUUCGACAGAUACCAUUAUAACGGUAAAAGGUUCCGAGAAAAGCGUAUUUAAGAAGUCAUUACGCAAGACCCCAACAUUGAGGUACACGACAAUGCCCGUCUCAAACGAUAGUUGCUCAAAGCAGAAUUUCACGAAUUCUUUACAAUACUCUAAGAGAAACGAGGACGACUCUUCGCACAAUGAAAGUUCUCCGUCGUCCGAUGUGUAUGGGGAAGGCAACAAUUCGAACAAUAGCUACAUGUCGAUCGACAACAGGACGUGUCCUCGGUUUAAUUAUGACCUCAGGAAAUCCCCUAGUAGCGGUCAUGUCUAUUCCAGGGUGGAAGAUAUUUCCCCCACUGUGCCCCGCUCGAUAUCGAACGCUGCUAAAGGGCGCACUUACUUCGUUUGA